AUGAGUGAAAAGAAAGUGUAUGCAAGCCAUAAAGGCUCAAAAAUAUCGUAUCAGACGCGGCGACGGAGCAACGUGAAGAAACGACGACCGUUGAACAGAUAUGAAGCGGAGGAAGAUUCGGCCGGUGUCAGCGCUUCGGCAAAGAAAUUGAAAGUGGAUACUGACGAUAUCGAUAUACAAAGUGAAGCCAUUAGACCAAUCUACGAGGAUUUGAGCCGUAACGAGUUGCUGAAUCGUUGCUUGGGAGGCUAUACGCAGAACAGCAACGAAAGUUUCAAUUCUACAGUGUGGCACUUGGCUCCUAAAAAUUAUUCAAGCGGAAAGAAAAUAUUACAAAUAGCAAGUGACAUUGCUGUUUGUAAUUUUAAUGAUGGACUGAUAAACGUUUUAAGAAUAAUGAAAGCGAUGGACAUGAACAUUGGACCACAAUCCUACAAUUUUUGCUUAGAGGCGGACGCUACUCGAAUACAACGCGCGGAGCGCUCUUUGACGGACGCAGCAAAAGAGGCUCGCUCUGGCAUAAAAGCGUCCAGAAAAGAAAAGGAGGAGGAGUUUAGCAACCUGGAAGGUCAGCUUUACGGUGCUGGAAUAGCAGAUUAAAGACUAAUUUUUGCUGCACUUCUACUGCGUGCCGCGGAG